AUGGUUGCAAUACCCGAAAUUGUUAAACGAGCUAUCCCAUUUAUUGCAUGUACAAUUGAAAUAAUUGCAACAGCUUCCUGCUUUUAUAUGUAUGAUCACAUAGCUGAUGGUCAUUCAAGUACAGUUGCAAGCGGGUAUUCGCCAAAACAUUACAAAGUUAAUCUCGAAUAUUAUUCAUUAGUAUCACUCUUUAUGUUUGGAAUGAUUUCACUUAUAAUGGCAAUUGCAGAGUUAGGUCUUGUUUUCAUGCCUCAAUACUUUAAAUUUGUAGAUUCUACAAUUUUAAGAGCAGUAAUAUAUAUACUUACUGGUGUUGCAAUUAUAGGUACAUCAGCUGAUCUCGGAAUUGCUGCAGGAUCCAUGCAAUUUAUAAUUGCUACUGUAAUGAUUAUUAUAUACCUACUUGAAAAUGGCAUCAAUUGCAAGUAA